CAAGCGUCUCCUGCUCCCUACUCUGUUUCGAGAAGAUCAGCUUUAAGAUUAAGAAAUGGCAUUUCAUAAGGCAGUGAAAGGGACAGCUCUGGUUGGAGGAGGUGCACUUGCCACUGUAUUAGGCCUCUCUCAGUUUGCUCAUUACAGAAGGAAGCAAGUCAACUUAGCCCAUGUUGAAGCAGCAGAUUGUUUCUUAGAAACUAACCUGAAGGAACUUCCUUCAAGAGAAGCUCAGCUUGCAAGUCUCCAGAGCACUACUGAGUUUGAUAUCCUUGUUAUUGGCGGAGGAGCAACGGGAUCUGGCUGUGCCUUAGAUGCUGUUACCAGGGGACUAAGAACAGCCCUUGUAGAAAGAGAUGAUUUCUCAUCAGGGACCAGCAGCAGAAGCACUAAGCUCAUCCAUGGUGGGGUGAGAUAUCUUCAGACGGCCAUCACGAGCCUGGAUUAUGAGCAGUACAAGAUGGUGAAAGAAGCACUUCAUGAGCGUGCCAACCUGCUUGAGAUUGCUCCCCAUUUAUCUCAUGCACUACCUAUAAUGCUUCCGAUUUACAAGUGGUGGCAGUUGCCUUACUACUGGGUAGGAAUAAAACUCUAUGACCUGGUUGCAGGAGCUAAUUGUCUGAAAAGCAGUUAUGUCCUUAGUAAGACAAGAGCACUUGAACAUUUUCCAAUGCUACAGAAGGACAAGCUGGUAGGAGCUAUUGUCUACUAUGAUGGACAACACAAUGAUGCAAGGAUGAACCUUGCCAUUGCACUCACUGCUGCCAGGUAUGGUGCUGCCAUUGCCAAUUAUAUCGAAGUGAUGUGUUUGUUGAAGAAGAGGGAUCCAAAGACUGGGGACAUGUGUGUAAGUGGCGCACAUUGCAAGGAUUUGCUAACAGGGCAAGAAUUUGAUGUGAGAGCCAAAUGUGUUAUCAAUGCUACGGGACCUUUCACAGACUCGCUGCGCAAAAUGGAUAAUCAGGCCCUUACAAACAUCUGUCAGCCCAGUGCUGGGGUACACAUCGUGAUGCCUGGUUAUUACAGCCCAGAGAGUAUGGGACUGCUUGACCCUGCCACCAGUGACGGACGAGUUAUUUUCUUCUUGCCCUGGGAAAAGAUGACCAUAGCUGGGACAACUGACAGCCCAACUGAUGUCACCUCACAUCCUAUUCCUUCGGAGGAUGAUAUUAACUUCAUUUUGAAUGAAGUACGCAAUUACCUAAGUUGUGAUGUUGAAGUGAGAAGAGGGGAUGUCCUAGCAGCUUGGAGUGGAAUUCGGCCCCUUGUUAUAGAUCCUAAAUCUAAAGAUACCAAGUCAAUCUCUCGGAAUCAUGUUGUUGAUACCAGCAAGAGUGGCCUUAUUACCAUAGCAGGUGGAAAAUGGACAACUUACCGUGCCAUGGCUGAAGAUACCAUAGAUACUGCUAUCAAAAAUCACAAUUUUAGAGCAGGGCCAUGUAAGACAGUUGGGCUUUUUCUGCAGGGUGGUAGGGAUUGGAGCCCUACUUUGUACAUUAGACUGGUUCAGGAUUAUGGACUUGAAAGUGAGGUAGCUCAGCAUCUUGCUUCCACUUAUGGUGACAAGGCCUUCGAGGUAGCCAAAAUAGCAUGUGUAACUGGAAAAAGGUGGCCCAUCGUUGGAGUGCGUCUUGUGUCUGAAUUCCCAUACAUUGAAGCAGAGGUGAAAUAUGGAAUUAAAGAAUAUGCAUGCACCGCAGUGGAUAUCAUUGCACGCCGUACUCGACUUGCCUUUCUGAAUGUCCAGGCUGCAGAGGAAGCUCUGCCUAAGAUUGUUGAACUGAUGGGAAGAGAAUUGAAUUGGAAUGAUGAAAGGAAAAAGGCGGAACUCGAUUGUGCAACAAGAUUUCUAUACUAUGAAAUGGGCUACAGGUCUCGAUCAGAGCAAUUAACAGAUCUUUGUGAAAUUAGCCUCCAGCCUGCUGAUAUUGAAAGGUACAAGAAGAGAUUUCACAUGUUUGAUAAAGAGCAAAAAGGCUUUAUUACCAUAAUUGAUGUUCAGCGGGUGCUAGAGAGCAUCAAUGUUCAAAUGAAUCAAAAUACACUACAUGAAAUUCUCAAUGAAGUAGACUUGAAUAAAAAUGGAGUGGUUGAACUCAACGAAUUUCUGCAGCUGAUGAGUGCUGUCCAAAAAGGAAUGGUAUCUGGAAGCCGUCUGGCAAUACUCAUGAAGACUGCAGAGGAAAACCUGGAUUCAAGGUCUCCCAUUCCAGUGGAUCGAAGUUGUGGAGGAUUUUAAAUCAAGAUAAUGAUGACUUGUAUCUCCCUCAACCUAAUACAGUAGGAAAUUGACUUUUGCUUAGGAACUCAGAUUCCUUUGCUAGAUCUGCAUUUGUUAGAUAGGCCUUGUGCAUGUUUAGCUGGGAGUGAGGCCUUGCAUCAGUUUUCUUCUGAAAUCUGCUGAGUCUGAAUCUGCACUUCUUCACGAGAUCUAGAAACUUGUCUUGAGAAUUGGCUGGUGCCAACCAUUUUUUUUUCAAACUGUGAAUAAAGUAUACAGGCAUUUUUGUGUCAUGUCUUAAAUUAACAUUCGAGGGGAUACCUGAUAAUAACUUUUGGAAAAAUCGACUCCUCCCUGAAACCUAUUCCAGUUAGUCUUACGGAGUGAUUUUUGGACACACUUUUACAGGGGUUGAGCUGAAAAAAAUCCUGUCUGUGUUGAAAACUGUGUAGGUGAUGUGAACAAAAAUAGUUCUCCACCAUAGUAGUAGCAAUAGUAAUAAAAUAAGGCCUGUUUAUAGACCAUAGUUGUCUGCCACAUAAGCAGUGUACCAUUUCUUGAUUUCAAUCAAUGUAUCCUGAGUAGAACUUCAGGAUUUCUCCUGCAUGCCCCUUUAUUCUGCUUUAAAUUCUGGCUUUGUUUGGCCUUUCUUCGUGGUAUGCGGAAUGCUAGCUUUCUCUUGUACUCUGGCAAAACUACAUUUUUAUUUUUGAUAGGUUAAAAAAUGCAAGGGUCGAUCAUUGAAUUAAUUAUCCCACAUUUUAUGUAUUUAAGAAAAAGCUGUUGGCAUAUGAAUGUAAUAAUGGUGAAACCAAUGCAGUUGUAUCUUUGUACUGUUUUGCAUUAUUUCAGUCCUAUGGGUGGUCCAGGGGAAAACCGUCCUUACUAUGUGUGAAACUAGAAACAAAAUACCAACAGCUACAAGCGCUGUGCUGGCGUGGAUAGACAUACUGCAUGUUUUUACAUGUGGCACUUUUAUGUAUUAUGUUAGGUUAUUGUUCUAGAUUGGACUGUUAAAUACUGUGUUUGAGGCUGGGUUGUCAUUUUUAUAACUGUCUUGGUGUUUUAUUGCCAUUAUUUAUUACUUUUGAUAUACAGAAUGAGCUGCAUGCAUUUAUAGAGCAAUAAGAGGAUGUAUUUAAUGUGCCUUGUUUUUAACUGAAUAAGAACUGAAAGCAUGAAUCAAUAAAACUGAUUAAAAUGGUCCA